CAAGGUAUGUGGCUGACCGGAAGGCCCAUUUCUAAUACCCAAUUCUUAAAAGAGAGUCUCUGUGACUGUAACUCGGGAAUCACCCAGUGAGUUGAAACCCGAAGGCGAUGAUGGAUUUGGAAGUCGACGAGAACAACUUGAAAGCCGCCGGCGCCGAGCUCUUCGCCGACGAUGGCCGACGAGGCAUUCGCAUCAGUGGUUGGUCGAUCGAGACUCGGAGGCACUCUAUACUGAACUCUUCCGCCAUCCAGGAGUGGGAACAGAAACUCAACACGUCUCAUUUACCAGAAAUGGUUUUCGGGGAGAACACUUUAAUUCUGAGACACUUUAGCAGUGGCACCAGAAUUCACUUUAAUGCAUUUGAUGCUCUUUGUGGCUGGAAACAGGAAGCCUUGCCGCCAGUUGAAGUUCCUGCAGCUGCUAAGUGGAAAUUUAGAAGCAAGCCCUCUCAGCAAGUAAUACUAGAUUACGACUACACCUUUACAACACCUUAUUGUGGAAGUGGCAAUAUUGAGAUUGAUAAAGAUGUGAAUGAGGGAGAGAUAUCGAAGGAAACCAGUGAUAUCCUUUGGGAAGACUGCAAGGAUCAAAUUGAUGUAGCAGCACUUGCAUCCAAAGAGCCCAUACUUUUCUAUGAUGAGGUGGUGUUAUACGAGGAUGAACUUGCUGAUAAUGGAGUAUCACUUCUUACUGUAAAAGUGAGAGUAAUGCCAAGCUCUUGGUUUCUUCUGUUGCGAUUCUGGCUUAGAGUUGAUGGAGUGCUGAUUAGAUUGAGAGAAACACGUAUGCAUUGUGUGUUUGGUGGACAUACAAGUCCCAUUGUACUUCGAGAGAGUUGCUGGAGAGAAUCUACAUUUCAAGCUUUGUCUGCACAAGAUCACCCUUUUGAUUCUGGUGCGUAUGGUGAUCCAAGCUUCAUCAGCCAGAAGCUCCCCAUCAUAAUGCAUACGACCAAAAAGCUUGUAAUUUCCUCUUAAGUUACAAGACUGUAAAUUCGCGUAGCAGAGAAGGGUUUCUGAUAAAUUCUUAUGUUGUUCAUAUUUUAUUCAUCGUUUUACCUGGCUGUUAGAAUUUAGAAACCAUAAAUAUCUUCUUAUGAGAUAAGCUCUGGGUGUUUAGUUUUUGUACGAAAGAUGGGGGGAUCCAAUUUUAAUGUGAGGGACUCAUUUCACAUGGAAAUAAAUGAGAGGUUAUACUUAAAGGUUGACAUUUAAGCAACUUUAUAAUC